AUGAUUAGUACGAACCUUUCGAGAGCGGCGCCGAGACGAAUCUCAGUUCUAUCGAUUACGGCUGUUUCAUUUCACCGACCCCACCUACGUCGAUGCUACCACCAUCAAAUAUUAGCACAUGAGUGUAAUUGCGCCAUUGACGCUGAACCGUUGCAUCGCUAUCGGCCAGGUGGCUACCAUCCUCCUGUGCUAGGCGAUUCCCUAGGUGAUGGACGAUAUAAAGUCCUACACAAGCUUGGCUGGGGCAGCUACUCUACCACUUGGGCCGCCAAGGACCAGAUGGAUGACCGCUAUGUUGCAUUCAAAGUCACAACAGCUGAGGAGAACCGAAGCAGAGAGCUAAAGGUCUUACAAGCACUGUCUUCUCUAUCAAGAGAGCAUCCUGGCUCACAUCAUGUCAAUCAGAUGUUGGACCACUUCACUCUUGCUGGCCCUAAUGGCUCACAUGAUUGUAUAGUACUGGAGCUUGUCGAACCUAAUGUUGCAGAUGUCAUCGAUAGUCACUGCAAGCAUGACAGAUUGCCGUCUCAAGCUGUAAGGUCGAUCUCCAGGCAGGUACUGCAGGGUCUUGAUUAUCUUGCUUCCAGCGGCAUUGGACAUGGAGAAAUAUUGCUCUGGAAAUUCCCGGGCCUGCAUUCCCUUAGUGAAAGAGACUUCAUCGCCAGGCUUGGUGGGCCUCAAAUGGGUUUAGUCACAAGUGCUGAUGGUAAGCCCUUGGCACCAAGUGUUCCAACCUAUAUUGUCCGACCUUCGUCUUUCCGAUACAAGGGUAUUCAGCGCCUUAUAUUAUGUCCAUCUAUUAAAAUUAUUGAGUUUGGCGAAUCCUUCUUCGAUAAUGAUAUACCAAGCACAUUGCAUACCCCGCUGCCAGUUCGUGCAUCGGAGAUCGUGUUUGGAGAUCGUCUUGAUCAUCGAGUAGAUCUAUGGAGCGCAGGAUGUCUAAUAUUUGAGCUGGUGACUGGGCAGCCGCCGUUUGACGUUGCCAUGCUAACUCCCUCGAUGCUGGUUCAGCAAAUGAUAGAGCUUAUGGACGAUGAGCUACCGUCAAGAUGGCAAGGGAAAUGGCAAGAGAUGAAAGGAACGGCAGCACAAGAAGACGGUGACUGGACGCUACAAAGCUGGCUGGAGGAGGUUUACUUCGAUAAAGACAAAAAGACUGAGUUCACCAGGGAUGAGAUAAGGCUAUAG